AUGAAGAAGUUUCUGUUGUUUCUCUUCUGUCACGUCUCAUCUCCAGUGAAAUACUCACGCAAGGUUUUCAUAACGGCAUCUUCUGGACUCCCAAACUUCCCAGAGUUUGUGGGUACUGGACUGGUGAAUGAUCUUCAGUAUAUUUACUGCGACAGCAACAAAAAGAUAAUAGAACCAAAACAGGACUGGGUGAAAAAGUUAUUUAAAGACAAUCCUCAGCACUUGGAGUUUCAUACUAGACAAUGUUUUGAUUUUAUACCUAACAACUUCAUUAUCUGGUUAAAUAACUUUAAGCAACGCUUCAACCAAACUGGAGGUGUCCACAUUCUCCAGCAGAUGACUAGCUGUGAGUGGGAUGAUGAGACUGGAGAGGUCAAUGGUUUUAAUCAGUUUGGUUAUGAUGGAGAAGACGUCAUAUCAUUCGACCUGAAGACAUCAACAUGGAUCGCUGCAAAACCACAGGCUGUCAUCACCAAACUGAGUUGGGAUGCUGACAAAUCUAGAAUAAAAUACAUUGAGAUUCUCCUUACUGAGAUGUAUCUUGAAUGGCUGAAGAUGUAUUUGGACUAUGGGAAGAGCUCUCUGCUGAGAAAAGAGCGUCCCUCAGUGUCUCUCCUCCAGAAGUCUCCGUCCUCUCCAGUCAGCUGCCACGCUACAGGUUUCUACCCUGACAGAGCCAUGAUGUUCUGGAGGAAAGAUGGAGAGGAGCUUCAUGAGGACGUGGACCUCGGAGAGAUCCUCCCCAACCACGAUGGAUCCUUCCAGAUGAGUGUAGACCUGGACCUUUCAUCAGUCCCAGAUGAAGACUGGAGGAGGUACGACUGUGUGUUUCAGCUCUCUGGUGUGGAGGACGACAUCGUCACCAAACUGGACAAAGCAGAGAUCAGGACCAACAGAGAGAAUCCUUCAGACAGGACCAUUCCCAUCACUGCUGCAGUGGCUGUUCUUGCUGUCGUCCUCACCGCUGCCACUGGAUUCAUUUUUUACAAAAGAAAGAAAGCCCAACUCCCUCCACCAUCUCCUGACAACAGCUCUGAGCUCUCUGAGAGACUCAAUCCAGAGACCUGAUUAACACACACAUCCUGCACUGGGAAAGCAGUCAAAUGUUCACAUCUCCAGUUAGACAAUACCUGAAAAAAUAAUCUUCUACAACAAACCUUUCUAUUAAAGCCCCUAAAGAACUUGCUUUCAAAUCUUGAAUGUAACUCUAACAUGAAAGAGUCAUGAAGCAAAA